AUUCAAUCCUUGUGUAGAAUACACGUCAUUCAUAAAUUGUAUCGUUGAAGUGUCAUUUUCCACGGUUUUGGUGAUAUUCAGAAAAUGAGUUCCGUGCAAGAAGAAAAACCCCCCACGGAGGCGCCAACAAAAACACAUGUACGAGAGUUGCGAAAUACUGAAUUAGUAUCGAGACUGCUGGCGGCUACUCCGCCAUAUCUCUACAGUGCACUGCCGCUUCAACCUCAUGCAUUCUUCUUUAGUGAAAUGCUUAGAUCAUUUGUGAACGCGCGGCACGGUUGCCGCCCACCCCAUUACCAUCGUCGUUUCAAGCGUCGUUCUCACAAAUAUUUUGCCGAGAGCGAAAGCGAGUGGCGACGAGACUGGCCUAAACCUGAAGAAGAAAAGAAGGAAUCAGACAGUCGACCCGAAGUUCCUUUGGAAUUGACCGUAGAAAAACAGCCGAAGCUACGUGAACCGUCUCCCAGGAGGUUGUCUCCGAAGGUAGAACAGACAAAGCCCAGCGGUAGUCCUGGACCACCUGGUAGACAAUCUGCUUACGUCGACGUUGGUACAGAAGAGUUACCUAAACCAGCACCAUGCGUUGGGAGGAAUCCGACCGAUACAGCUGCAGCUGUACCACCAUCAAACCUAAUACUUCCUCCUCCACCGCCUAUGUGGUAUCCUCCCCUGUACAACCCGCAGUUUGGUGUCGACCCUUUGAACUUCUUUAUAGACCUACGCGUCUCUGGUCAUAUUUAUGAUAGGAAACGCGCACUUGCUGAAGGUAUUGAUACAAGUAUCAAUCAAGAAAUUAGGCCAGAAGAGCCAGGUUUAGACAAACGGCUCCCAAGGGAUUUCGCUCAAAGACCCCGUCAUUUAUCAGCGUUUUCAGUACCUGUACGUUCAGGAAAUAUUACAGUAGAUGGCCAGGAGAAAUAUUUCGAUCACAAUAGUUUAAGAUCUAGUAAAGUCAAUGGUACUUCUUAUAUUAUGAGGAAUUUGAAACGGGUCUAUGAAAAUGUGCAGAAUGUGCAGAACAAGGAGGUCUCCAAAGAAAUCAACGAGGAAGAAACAAAAGCGGAGUCGACAGAUGUGGAUGAGGAUAUUAUAGAUUAAAUUAUUAUUAAAUGCUAUGGAAAUAUAUUCCAUAAAUUCCACUUAUUUAUUUACUGCUUAAAAUAAUAUAUAGUUUAAGGUAAAUUUUGUACAAGUUUAUUUUUAAUUUAAGGAUUGAGACUCAAUAACUCGAGACCUGUUAUUUAAUUAUUAAAAGACUGUUGAAGGCUUGGUAGCUGCAAUUUUUAUUUUUAACCAAAUGUCAAAUAUUUUUUCUUUAAAUCGAUACGAUUUCUUUCAUUUUUACUCAAACAUAAACUUGUAUUGAUUUUCUCUGUUUUUUCGUGUAAACAUAACAUAAAGCGAACGAUGGAAUAACGGCCUCCCUACAUUUAGCUUUGCUUACCUUCUCUGUCCUUAUCCCAUCUUCUGUUUUGCUACAUUUAAUCAUAUAUUUUAUUGUAUUUUAAUACUGUUAUAUAGUUUAUAAAUAUUAAAGCUGUAGAAAAAUUAUACAAAUUUCUCAAAGCCCAUCCAUUUUUCUCCAAUAAAUUCUCUAAGAAAAUAUUUUUAUCAAAAUUUCCAUAACAGAAUUUUUUUACCCAAAAUUGCUUAAAAAUAUCUAAUCUAGCAACGUUGCAUUGUUGAUUUCGGGAUUCCAUGUUUGUAAUACGUACUACAAAACGGAUAAUAGAUGAUAAAUAUUUUUUACAGAUUCCAAUCCUCCUGUGCAUUGCCAAUUAAAAAAUAUAUUAUCUAUGCCCUUGAAAAUAAUCUACUUUGUAAUUUUACUUAUAAUUAAUAAAUUACUUACAGAAUAGUUUAAAUAAAAUAUUAAAAUAUGAAAAUCAUAUUCCAAUUAUUGUGUGACUGAAAAAGUUUGAAAAGAAUGACCUUUGGUUAGAAUUCGCGCUUAUCCAUUAGUCGGUAUCUACUUUGGAUUGGGUAUUUGUAAAAUUUUUAUGUGAAAUGAAUGAUGUAUAAAAAUAAAAUAGGUAGUUAAGUAUUUAUGUAUAGGUAGGUAUAAUAAAAUGUUACUUUAUAGUCAUAAUCUAGUCAAUACUAUAACAGUCUGUAAAUAUGUACGUAUAUUUCAAUUUCUGUUAAUACCUGUGGUUAUAUAAAAAAUAUGCAAUGUAGCACAUGUUAGCAAUUAGAUAAACUGUAUUGUUAGGUAGGUAACUAUAAUUUAAUUAUAGAUAAUAUUAUGAUAAAUCAAAAACAGUCUGUUUAUAAAAAAUGUAUUAAUAAAGGUACCCAAAUCUGUAAA